AUGCCACGCGGCGAGGAAACCAACAAAUUCAGUGUGCUCAACUGCACGCAGGACUGCCUCCAGCACAGCGAGCACAUAGGGACGACGGACAGCGACGACGGGCGCGUUGUUCCUCCAUUGCACGCGGACUACUCGGCCCCCGUCCCGCUAGUCCGGCGGGCGGCUGGGAGAACAGCGACGACGUAUAUACAGUGGGAGCUCGUCGUCGACAACAGGUCUGGCCCUGCCUCCCCGCCGUCGUGA